UUGGCCUAUUGCAGCGUCCUAGCAUCUGUCGCGUUUCUCAUGUGUGAUCAGGCUUAGGUAGCCCAUCCCGGCGGCGACUUGAGCUAGCAGGCCCCACUGCGGACUCCGGGCCGGCUCGGGUCUACCUGCGCCAGCGCUGUACCUGGGCGACCUUGGCUUUGCCCCCACCAGUGACCCGGCCCGCCGGUCGUGUGGGUGCUGCUCCGCUCCCCCCGCCUCGGCCGCCGACCCCCAGCUCCCCGGCGGGGCCUCCUCCUGCCACGUGACGCCCCCGCCAGGGGCCCCAGCGCCCUCCUCGCUGCCGUGCCGUUCCGGCUCCCGAGCCCCGCCUGCGCGCGGCCUCCUCGGCUCAGCCAUCCUCUUGGCUGCCGCGGGCGGCAAAGCCCACGGCAUCUGCCAUUUGUCAUUCAGCCCGUCGGUACCGCCCCGAGCCUUGAUUUAGACACGGCUGGGGCGUGCUCUGGCCUCACUCUCCGGGCGGGUGCUGGACGGACGGACGGGGCAGCAGCACUCACAGCCCAGCUGCGCGGGGCCUUGGCGCGCGGGGUGCUUCCCCCGGUCGCCGUCAUGGCCGCAGAGGUGGCACGCCCCAGCAGCCUCGCCUGAGCUCCAGGGGUCGUUGCCCCGCAGGAUUGUUCCUGCCUGAUUCAUAAACAUCGUGAUUGGCUUUUGAUUGCUGUCACGUCUAAUGCGGCUUCUGUCUUGUGUCACAUCUGAAACUCAUCUGUACCUCACUUAGAAAGUGGUUCUGAUUAGACAAGACUUUUCGUUGCAGUCGACAGAAACCUAAUGGGACCAUUGAAGAAUUCCAAACAGGCAAGUGACAGGAAAAUAUCUGCAUGUUAGAAGAAUCACCUUGGCAGCAGCAUUGUGAUUAGAAUGAAGGGGUACCAUCCAAAAACAGAGAGACUGGGGAAGCAAUAUGGAUCUGCCUCUAGCAUGCAGAAAUCUCUCUCUCCACUGACCUAACUGACACAUUGAGCUUGUGGCUUAUUUAAAGGAAGCCACACGAAAAUUGAGUUUGGGACAAUAGAGUGAACUUGUUCUCCAUUCUCUAGCAUCCCUCCCCAUGCAAACCCCCUAUCCCUGCCAAGUUUCUGGGCACCACAGAUUGGAAAGUAGCCUCCUGUACGUAGUUGCCAUGUUAAGUGGUGGGGUUGGGGCUGGGCCAUGCAGGUGUUCACUGACUGUCUCUUUCUGUCUUCCCUUCUUGGUCUCACCUGUCUGGUGUGACAAGGGAAGCAUGUGCCAACCAAGGCUAGACCCUUGAGAGACCAGAGCAGCCCCACUUUCAGUAAAGCAAGCAACCUCUGCUUACUUGCCCAACACACCCUAGUUUCCAUGUUCCUUGCCUUAUGAGUUAUCUUCUUGGGUACAAUUUAACACAGCAUUCCCACCUCCUUAUAACUAAAGUAGAUAGAGGGGGCUUUGUGCCUCAAUCCCUAGCAGACCAUCUUGGCAAUCUCUGCCUCUGCGACAGGGCACUUGCUCCCCGAGGAACUCCUUUCCCAGGUCAUCUUUCCCCUGGACAUGCCCAUCAGAUUUAAUAGUGUGCCUACUUGGCAGGAAAAUGGGGUCCCUGGUUGCUGAUUCUUAGGAAUGUGAGGUUCUCCCAGCCAGAGCUCUCGCCACUAAAAGUUCUAGUCUCUGUGUAAUGGCCAGCACAUCUUUGGCGUAUCUAAAAUCCUCUUCAGUUUCCACCAGGGCCUUUAUAAGCUUCUUCUGAAGGUCUCAGACAUUCAGCCAUGGAGCUCAAGUGGAAUUUGUUUGGAUGACAUGACUGAUUUCAAAGCCCGGACCCCUUAGACAUGCCCAUUUGGUGCUGCAAGUACCGACCAUUACUGCAACAUCUUACAGUCAACAAAUGUGACAUAUUAAAGAUUUAUAUCCUUUCCUCUGGGUUAGGAAUCUUCUCUCCCCUAAAGCACCUCAUUUUCCAGCACGCAAUCAUUUCCAUCUUAUGGAAAUCAUCCCUCCCGCUCCGUGCCAGCAUGCUACGCUGGGAGGCCCGUCCAGGCUUGGGAAACAGGGGUGUCUUGGAUCUCAUGACUUCAGCAGCACCAGCUGCUCUCUUUCUUCUUCCAAGUAGACUUCCGUUCCCCCCGCUACUUGGGUGUUUUUGUUUAUUUUAGCAAUUCAGAGCUGAUGAUAAAGACCUUAAAGAUAACUUUGUGUGUCUCUCCCUUUCUAGGUAUUUGCAUAGGAAUCAGAGGAGUUAAUCUUGUCUUUUCUCACAGGUUUGAAUCUUCAGACAAACUUCUGGGAGGACUCGGUCCCUGCCUCGCAGCAGAUGUUUCCUGUCACUCAGUAGCCAAUCCGGGGACCCAGGACAUGCCCCAGCUAUAGUGAUGCAGAUUACCUUUCUGCUCCUGAAUCGCACCUGUGCCUCAGACUUUCUCCCCCCAGCUUGAGACUGCAUGUAAACUGGGAUGUGUGAAAGCAGGAAGCAAAGCUAGUGACAGCUGAGAGACCCAUGUCUGGGUAGAACCAGGCCCACGAUGCUGCCUUUCCCGUGGUCUGGAGUUCAGCUGCAGGGACUCUGCUGAUGUGCCCAGCACCAUCCUUCUGUUUGUGCUUAAAUGGCACAGCAUCUGGUCAGCACAUCUGAAAAGGAAGGUGUGACAAGCAAAGCCCAUGGCCACGUUCCCCUGCCAAUUAUGUGGCAAGACGUUCCUCACCCUGGAGAAGUUCACGAUUCACAAUUAUUCCCACUCCAGGGAGCGGCCGUACAAGUGCGUGCAGCCUGACUGUGGCAAAGCCUUUGUUUCCAGAUAUAAAUUGAUGAGGCAUAUGGCUACUCAUUCUCCCCAGAAAUCUCACCAGUGUGCUCACUGUGAGAAGACGUUCAACCGGAAAGACCACCUGAAAAACCACCUCCAGACCCACGACCCCAACAAAAUGGCCUUUGGGUGUGAGGAGUGUGGGAAGAAGUACAACACCAUGCUGGGCUAUAAGAGGCACCUGGCCCUCCAUGCGGCCAGCAGUGGGGACCUCACCUGUGGGGUCUGUGCCCUGGAGCUAGGGAGCACCGAGGUGCUACUGGACCACCUCAAAGCCCAUGCGGAAGAGAAGCCCCCUAGCGCAACCAAGGAAAAGAAGCACCAGUGCGACCACUGUGAAAGAUGCUUCUACACCCGGAAGGAUGUGCGACGCCACCUGGUGGUCCACACAGGAUGCAAGGACUUCCUGUGCCAGUUCUGUGCCCAGAGAUUUGGGCGCAAGGAUCACCUUACCCGGCAUACCAAGAAGACCCACUCACAGGAGCUGAUGAAAGAGAGCUUGCAGACCGGAGACCUUCUGAGCACCUUCCACACCAUCUCGACUUCAUUCCAACUGAAGGCUGCUGCCUUGCCUCCUUUCCCUUUAGGAGCUUCUGCCCAGAACGGGCUUGCAAGUAGCUUGCCAGCUGAGGUCCAUAGCCUCACCCUCAGUCCCCCAGAUCAAGCCGCCCAGCCUAUGCAGCCGCUGCCAGAGUCCCUGGCCUCCCUCCACCCCUCGGUAUCCCCUAGCUCUCCUCCGCCACCGCUUCCCAAUCACAAGUACAACACCACUUCUACCUCAUACUCCCCACUUGCAAGCCUGCCUCUCAAAGCAGAUACUAAAGGUUUUUGCAAUAUCAGUUUGUUUGAGGACUUGCCUCUGCAAGAGCCUCAGUCACCUCAAAAGCUCAAUCCAGGUUUUGAUCUGGCUAAGGGAAAUGCUGGUAAAGUAAACCUGCCCAAGGAGCUGCCUGCAGAUGCUGUGAACCUAACAAUACCUGCCUCUCUGGACCUGUCCCCCCUGUUGGGCUUCUGGCAGCUGCCCCCUCCUGCUACCCAAAAUACCUUUGGGAAUAGCACUCUUGCCCUGGGGCCUGGGGAAUCUCUGCCCCACAGGUUAAGCUGUCUGGGGCAGCAGCAGCAAGAACCCCCACUUGCCAUGGGCACUGUGAGCCUGGGCCAGCUCCCCCUGCCCCCCAUCCCUCAUGUGUUCUCAGCUGGCACUGGCUCUGCCAUCCUGCCUCAUUUCCAUCAUGCAUUCAGAUAAAUGAUUUUUAAAGUGUAUUUUUCGUAUUCUGGAAGAUGUUUUAAGAAGCAUUUUAAAUGUCAGUUACAAUAUGAGAAAGAUUUGGAAAACGGAACUGAGACUAUGGCUUAUUCAGUGAUGACUGGCUUGAGAUAAGAGAAUUCUCGAACUGCAUGUAUUGUGCCAAUCUGUCCUGAGUGUUCAUGCUUUGUACCAAAUGUAAUGAACGCGUGUUCUGUAAUCAAACUGCAAAUAUUGUCAUAACCAACAUCCAAAAUGACGGCUGCUAUAUAUAAGUGUUUGUCAUAUGGAAUUUAAUCGUAAGCCAUGAUCAUAAUGUUCACUAAAUAACUUUAUGUGGCACUGCCUAGUAAGGGAACUAUGGAAAGGUUUGGAUCUCUCCAAAUUGGGAGAAUUUUAAAAAUAAGAAAAUAACCUUUAUAUGAUAUAUUAUGACUAGGCUGUGUAUUUCUUUUCAGGGAUUUUUCUACCUUCAGGGUUGGAUGUAGUUUAGUUGCUAUUACCAUAGCCAACCUGUAGUUUUACAUAUACAAUUUCUUGUGGAGCAAUAGAGUUCUCCAUUUUACAGAAGCAUUUUAAAUGUAGUUUGAAUAUUUUCCACAAGAUGCUGCAAUGUGAGUUAUCACUUCAUUUAUCUUAAAGACUAAACUGGUUGUCAGCUACAUCUGACAGAAAAAAAAAUCACUGUGUAACCAGGUUAAGUGGUAAAAUAAUCCAGGCGUCAGUCAAAGGCAUUUUGCUGACUAUAAUAUUGAUUAUAUUUUUAACAGGAAUUUAAGAAAAUAUUACUGGAAUUAAAAAUAUAUAUAUUAAACAAGAAUUUUCUUUGCUCUGUCUAGCUUAAACUACUACUCAAGCUGCUUAACUUCUUAAGUAUUGUUUUUAAUCACCAGUAAAUAAGUGCAUUUGUAAUUCAUCAGUUUGUCCUUAUUAGCUUUUAUUCAAAGAGGAUUAUGUUUUACAAUGUAACUAUAAUCUCUUGAAUUUGGUAUCUUAUUAAUGAGUUUUAAAGAUGUAAAACCUAACCUUUUUUAAAGCUCCAUUGUCUUAUGUUUUUAGAGGCUUUCUUUUCCAUAAACAUAUAUCUUACAUAUAAUAAACUUUUCAAAUCUUGCAA